AUGUCAGAUACAAUUGGAGAUAGAAUUUCAUUUGAAGGCAAUUGUUGUACAAUAAAAUAUAUUGGUCCUGUUAAAGGCGUAGAAGGACAAUGGCUUGGUGUUGAAUGGGAUGACCCAUCACGUGGGAAACAUAAUGGGACAUAUCUUGGAGAAAAUUAUUUUAAGUGUAGAAAAGAAAAUUCGGGGUCUUUUAUAAGACAAAAUAGACCUAGAGAUAUUAAAAAAACAUUUGUUGACGCUUUUAUUGAUAAAUAUGGAGAUAGAAAUGUUGAAGAAUAUAUAAAUUUUGAUAUAAAAUCAAAAAAUACGAAUAUUAAUCCAAAAAUCCAAGAGAUAUAUCAUCCAAAAAACAUUCAAAAAAAACUUCCAAAGCGUUAUAUCGUUACUUUAGAUCAUAUGGCUAUAUCAGAACUAGGAAAUAUAGGUGAAAUAAAAAAAAAAUGUUCAGAUAUAUUGGAAAUUGAUCUCUCUGGAAAUCUUUUAAACUGGAAAACAGUUAUUUUAAUAAUUAAAGAGCUUCCAAAUUUAAGUUCGUUAAAGCUUAAUUACAAUCAACUCGGUACUUCAGAAUUGAUUCUUUCUAAUAAUUUUAAAUUUUCCAAUCUGAAAACACUUAUUCUUAAUAAGACAUAUUUAAAAAUUAAAGAGAUAAAAAAACUAUGCAUCUCUUUUGAAAAUUUAGAGGAGCUUCAAAUAAGUCAUAAUCUUUUAACAUUAAAAACAAAUAACGAUUUCCACUUUUCUGAUACCAUUCCUCAUCUUAAAAAAAUCUUUUUGAAUGACAAUAAAAUAUCAUGUUUUGAAACAGUUACUAGAAUUUUUGGAAAAUUAGAAAAGCUUGUUUUUUUAUCAUUAGCAUCAAAUCAAAUAAAUACUAUCAACAUAAUUCCAAAUACAUUUAUAUCCUUAAAAUAUCUUGACAUCUCUAAAAACAAUAUAUCUGAGCAAACUUCUCUUAAUAAUUUAAAUAUAUUACAUUCUUUAGUGUCUCUGAGAUUUACUGAUAAUCCUUUACUUAAAGAGUUCAAAAGUAACCCUAGCACUUUUAUCAUUCCAAGAUUGAGAAAUGUUAUGAUAAUAAAUGGUACUAAAAUCACUCAAGAAGAAAGACAAAAUGCAGAAUUAUAUUAUUUAUCUACCAUUGAAAAAGAAAUAAAAUCAGGAAAAAUAAGUAAUUAUUCCGAUUUAAUUAAAGAGCAUCCUCAAUGGAGGGAAUUACAGAAAAAAUAUGAAAAAGAAAAUCCUAUAUUCAACACAGAAAAAAAUUUAACUGAAAAAAUCAUAGAAAAUAAGCUUAUUGAGUUAUAUAUUAUAUUUGAAAAAGAAAUAAUAAAAAAAAAAUUUAUUUCAUCCAUGAAUAUUCGAUCUUUUAGAUCUUUUUGUGCGAAAUUUUUCAAAAUCAAUCCUUUUGAUUUCACAAUUUCAUAUCUAGAAGGAUCAUAUAAAAUAAUUUAUAUAGACGAUGAUUCAAAAUUACUUUCUUUUUAUAAUCUAACUUCAGGAGAAACAAUAUAUAUAAAACAAAAUAAACCAGAAAACUAUACACAACAGUAGCAUAUU